AUGGAUUAUCCUGCCCCGGACAACGCUCAUGCUGGUGGCGGUCACGUCAUACCCACCCAUGACUCGUCGGGUGUGGCACCGGCAGGACCCUCUUCGAGCUCCCGAUCUACCCAGCAAUACCCUCAGCAGCUUCGGAAUAGUGGCGGUCUAGGCAUGGGAAUAGGCGGCGGAUACGGCGAAAGAUCUGCGAGGAGUGGCACCAGUCAACAAGCUCUAGGCCAUCGGCCAACGGCGCAAGAAGUCAAUCAACGACGCCUGCUCUCUGACUUCUCCUCUUCUGCUCCCAUGGGGUCGCAACAGAGCGAGAUCAGCAACGCCGACCCUGCCUACCAACAUACUGCGGCGCGUGAUGGAAACCUCUUUCCGCCCAAAUACGACCAUCACGCACCUUCUAUCAAGGAUAUCUACCGUGCCAUUCACAGAAGUGCAUACCAAACUUUGCUCCGCGACUAUUCCAACGAAGAGGGUAUCGAUGGCCCUGCUAGGCAGCAAGAAUUGGCGCUUCUUUCAGCCAAUGCUCAGCUUUCAGGGAUAACGAAGGAGGUCGAGGAAGACUACACAAGGGCUACAAGGCGUUUGGAGAGAAGAGGGGAGCUUAUGAGUUCGGCGGUCCAAAAAGCAGAGGGAAGCGCACAGAAGGUUGCGGAGGAUGCACUCCAGGAGCUGCAAGACGAAGUAAGAGGGACAUGA